UGGGAAUAACAUGGGCUUGGUUUCGAGUUGAAAAUGAGAGAUGUCCCUCGUGAGAAGUGGAAACUGUGGGAAGUGAUAGCACGUGUAUAUAUACAAAUUCCCAUUUCAACUUCUCUGAUGAAGAAACUAGAAAGCCGUGAAGUACCUGUAUUACGCCACGCCCACGCGAGGAAGAAGGAAGUCGGUAGCUAUAAUCAAUCUUAUCUCAUCUCAAGAUCCUUUCUUUAUGGGGUUUCAACUUCACUUCUAGUUCCAGGGUAUUUGUUGUUUCCUGCUCAAUUUGCUUGUUGGUGGGUAUUCAGGUUCUACUUCUCCAAAUGUGUUGUUAUGAUCAAUUACUUCUUGUUUUUAUUCUCUGGAAAUCCUUGGGGUUUUGAGAUUUUCAACAAACAAUGGAUUUUCGAAUCCAAACAGUUCAUUCAUGGACUUUUGGUGGCCUUAUAGCAGCCUUUCUUCACCUUUCUCUGGCUUAUUUCCUGCUGUGUGUAUCAGUUUAUGUGUUUUUCACCUCCAAAUUUUUGAGCCUUUUUGGACUGUAUCUGCCAUGUCCUUGUAAUGGGGUUUUUGGUUAUAAAAAUAGCAAUUUGUGCUGGCACACUUUGCUCUUUCAUUGGCCAACAGCGAUUAUCUGUUCUGUUUUGAACUCUACAUUGAGCAAGUUACCUUUCGAUUUUAAGAAUCAAGGAUGCAGUUUAGAUAGGAAGUUGGUCAUAAAGGGAAGUUGUGAAAAUGGGGUUCUUGAAUUAGAGGGUGAAGCGUCUUGCAGUUCGUCAUUUCAUAGUCCACUAUUGCAAAACUGUGUCGCCAAGGGGAAGAGGGUUUUGGAUCUGAAGAAAAUGCAUGGAACUCGGCGACGAAGGAAAGCCGGUCUUGGCAACAGAAAAUUCUCUUCUAUUUUGCCUAAUGAUGAUUCGCGGUCAGUUAUUGCUGCAAACUUUCCAUAUGAUGGCAGUGAAAUGAGAGGCAAAGACAGUGAAAGCUUAGGUUGUGAACCUGUGAGAGAAGAUGAUUUUCCAGGUGAAAUAAUUGGACCUAUUAGCAUGGAAGUGGGGGAAAGAAACCAGCAUAGUUUUGAAUUGAGUGGAUCAUGUGAUGAGGGCACAUCAUCUUCAGUUGCAACAUACAUAACUAAUGCUCCAGACAAUAUGGAAAUUGUUAGAAAUGAAGCGUAUAAUAUCAGAAUGUUGGAACUAGCUCUUGAAGAAGAGAAAGCUGCUCAUGCUGCUCUUAUCCUAGAACUGGAAAAAGAAAGAGCAGCUGCUGCAAGUGCUGCCGAUGAAGCGAUGUCCAUGAUAUCACGUUUGCACCAGGAUAAGGCAUCAGUAGAAAUGGAAUUGAGGCAGUACCAAAGGAUGAUAGAAGAAAAGUGUGAUUAUGACGAAGAAGAGAUGAAUAUUUUGAAAGAGAUCCUUGUUAGGAGGGAGAUAGAGAAUUAUUUUUUGGAGAAGAAAAUUGAAGAGUACAGGCAUAUGAGUCUUUUAGAAAAUGAGAUGCCAACAGGUGAUAUAAAUGAUGAGAUGGAUAAUUGGGGACAAAGACCUUCAUCUUCCCUUGAUUUUACUGACAAUAAACAACCAAUGCUGCAGACUGAGAAUAAUAUGUUGAUUGGUAAGAAAGUGGGAAACAGAGCAAAUUGGUCUUCAAAUUAUGAGGCUCCUUUAGUUGAGAAACAAAGUCAAAUUCAAGGAUAUAGCCUUCUUGAGAAAAAUGUCUUUUUCGCAGGUAAAGAAAAUGAAAAUAUGGAUAAUAGCAUAGAAUGCCAAGAAAUGACAAGUGAGGUAACCCAAAUUUGCAAUGGCAUUGACACAAAUUUUUCUUUUGAUGGUGAGGAGCUCAGGAAAUAUCAGAAUGAUAAGGAUCAAGCAGGCAGCAAUCACCAUUGUUCUAUGCCCAAUACAGAACCGGUUGUUUAUGAUGUUCAUGUCGUUGAUGAUAAAAAUGAAACUUUGAAAGAUCAAAGUGGGUCAUCAAUUAGAAAUGUUGUUGAUGAACCCAAAGAUUGUGCUGUGCCACUGGGACCAUCUGGGGACUGGACGAGGGAGACAUUAAGUGAUCAUCCAAUCAUAAGCAGGACAGUAACUGAGCCUAACAUUCAUAAAGGUAGUUUUGAUAUGAGUGAUAAGUUUUCAGUGUUGAGUCACUCACAAUGCAAAAGCUUGCUUUCUGACGAGAAGUCGAAACUUGACAUUGGGAUUGAACGGCUCACAGAAAGGCUACGAGUACUCCAAGAGGAAAAAGAGGAGUUGACUUUCUAUUUAGAGAAUGGGGAUGGGGAAAAGGACAAUUGAAACUUCUGAAGGAGAUAUCAAGCCUGCUUUGAGAAAUUCAAACGGUUUAGAGAUCCCAUGCAGCAGGCUUCCUUUUCCCAUUCAUCCUCUAAGGUGAUUUUCAAGAAAAGAUGCUCCCCAAGUUUGUCCUGGGAAGCUCAUGUACAAUACUUACCUUACCAGCAGAGACGUAUCUGUUUUCAGGUGAUUUUUUUUUUUUUUUGGUUGGCGCCCCUCGUUUGAAGUCCUAUCUCCAUCCCUGGUUACCAGCUAUGAGCUAUGUACAGAAUCUCCUUGUGCUUUAGGGCAGGUGUAUCCUCAGAAAAUUUUAGAUGGAACUGUAGAGUCUUUUGGAAUGCAAUGGUCUUUUGCGUGUUGUAAAGUGUAAAUAAACUUUUAAGUUUGAGUCUAUAAUAAUAAUAUAAGCAAAAUAAGUUUGAAGCU